GCACAUUUCAUUGGUAGUACUGCGCAUGCUCACACUGUCCCCAUGUGCGCACCGCCGCGUGGACGACGUCGAGCGACUCGCUUCAGCGGAAGACUCUCAAUGUGGGGAGCGCGGCAGUGAACUUUAUUUAGAGCUAGAAAAAAAAAUCAAAAUGUUAGUGUUAUUUGAAACUGCCGCUGGCUAUGCCAUUUUCAAGGUCCUGGAUGAACAGAAACUCCAGCAGGUGGACAGCCUGUGGAAGGAGUUUGAGACGCCAGAAAAAGCCAACAAAGUUGUAAAACUGAAGCACUUUGAGAAGUUCCAGGAUACAACAGAAGCUCUUGCAGCGGCCACGGCGAUGGUGGAGGGGAAAUUGGGGAAAAGUCUGAAAAAAGUUCUCAAGAAAGUUGUGGCCAAAGAGGCUCAUGAGCAGCUGGCCAUCACUGAUGCUAAAUUAGGAGGAGUCAUUAAGGAGAAGCUGAACCUGAGCUGUGUGCAUAGCCCUGCUGUGGCUGAGCUCAUGAGAGGCAUCAGAAAUCAGAUGGAGGGACUUAUCACAGGUCUUCCUGCCAGAGAGAUCAGUGCCAUGUCUCUCGGUUUGGCCCACAGUCUUUCACGGUACAAGCUGAAGUUCAGCCCAGACAAGGUGGACACCAUGAUUGUUCAAGCCAUUUCUCUGCUGGAUGAUCUGGAUAAGGAGCUCAAUAACUACAUCAUGCGCUGCAGGGAAUGGUACGGCUGGCAUUUUCCAGAGCUUGGCAAGAUCAUCACAGAUAACCUGGCAUACUGCAAGAGUGUCCGCAAGAUUGGUGAUCGCACAAAUGUGGCGUCAAUGGAUUUGUCUGACAUUCUGCCAGAGGAGAUUGAGGCAGAGGUUAAACUAGCUGCAGAGAUCUCCAUGGGAACAGAGGUGUCCGAGGAGGACAUUGCCAACAUCAUGCACCUGUGUGACCAGGUGAUUGAAAUUUCAGAGUAUCGCUCACAGCUGUAUGAUUAUCUGAAGAAUCGUAUGAUGGCAAUUGCUCCCAACCUGACAGUCAUGGUGGGAGAACUAGUGGGAGCCCGUCUCAUUUCACAUGCAGGAUCUCUGCUGAACUUGGCCAAGCAUCCUGCGUCCACUGUACAGAUUCUCGGGGCAGAGAAAGCGCUGUUCCGUGCUUUGAAAACCCGCCGGGAUACACCCAAAUACGGCCUCAUCUAUCACGCCUCUCUAGUGGGGCAAACCACAGCCAAGAAUAAGGGUAAAAUCUCCCGAAUGCUGGCUGCUAAAUCAGCCCUUGCCAUCCGUUACGAUGCGCUGGGAGAAGAUACCAAUGCGGAGAUGGGAGUGGAAAACAGAGCCAAGUUGGAGGCGCGAUUACGCUACCUGGAGGAGAAAGGGAUCAGACGUAUCAGCGGGUCAGGAAAAGCUCUGGCAAGGGCUGAUAAAUAUCAACACAAGAGUGAUGUAAAGGUAUACGACCCAUCUGGGGACUCCACACUCCCCACUGUGUCAAAGAAGAGGAAGAUUGAAGAGGGCGAGGAGGAAGAGAAGCCAGUGGAGGCUAAAGCAAAGAAAGUAAAGAGGGAAUCCCCCACAGAAGGAGAAGCAGAAACAGAGACCACAAAGAAGAAGAAGAAAAAGGAGAAGAAGAAAGCGGAGGAGGAAUCCAAGCCAGAAGAGGAGACCGCAGUCAGCCCAGCAGAGGAGGUGAGAGGGGUGGAAAGAUAAAUUCAUCUCUGGUUGA